GUAGAUCGAAUUCUACUGGGAAGCAAUUUGAUUUGGCCUAACGUGUACCCGAGAUGUUUCCUUUUUCUAUACUUUUGAUGCGCGCCCACCAUCGGGCGGAAUUAGGGCGGGUCUAGGCGGAAUUAGGCAAGGAAAAUGCCUCACGCAGACGGCGCGCUACGGACAAUCGCUUAUGAUUUCGGGCGUAAGAAUGGCAUAGCUAGAUUUGCUAGAAUUUCGGCAACAAAUUGGUAUACAUUAGCGCCUGUAUAAUUCAUUUUCAGAGAAGUUAUCUGAGAAAAACUGCCCAUCGGGCGGAAACCGGGCAGGGUACGGUAUAUUAUAGCGUUGAUGUAAAAGAAGAAAAAUGUCGGGAUCGGUGCAAGAAAAAGGAUUGGAUUUGGAGUGAACUUGCGGCAUACGGAACUGUCGUGUCGCACGUUUAGUUGUACUUUGUACGAACGGCGCGCGCGGCGCGUCGUUAAUUAAUUAAUGCGUUGUGAAGAUCAACAUGGCAACUGGACAUUCCUUGUCGAUGGUUACGAAUUCUUGUGUUAAAAGGCCGAGAAAUCCAUAUUCGAACUUACCAGAAAGCGAAUUGGAUCGGGAUUUAGCCAGAAGUCGUGAACACAAGAAAGAUGCACGUUUAGCCUCGUAUAACGGCUCUAAUUUUCAUGAUGAUGGCCAGGAAUCAUUUGCUCAGUCCCAUUCUAUGGGAUUUGGUGUUGGCUCAUUGGACGAAGAUGCACUUAUUGAUCAGCUCACAAAUGACGUGGAAAACAUCAGCAGUGAAGAUUUUUACGAACGACUGAAAGAGCUGAAAGAAAAACAUCGGGUAACUCUUGGUUCCCUUGAAAAAAGGUAUAAUAAGAAAGUUUCUCGAAAACGACAAGAACUUGAAAAUGAAGUGAGGAAUGAAAUGGGUGGAAAUGGCAGUGCCAAUGAUUGGAGCCUGAGUAUGAAUUACAUGAAUGGAAUAGAUAAGGUCAAAGGGAUGACAAAGAGUGGUCCAGUAUAUGUAGCAGAGCAUGAGCACAAGCACAUGGAUGACCACAUGCAGACAUUUAACCAAAGUUUACCGGCAUGGUCAGCUUUGCCGAGAGAUAAUGUAAGAGACAUGUCAUCAAAGCCACCAAGUGGACGACCUCAGACGGCGUGGACUGACGACCGGCCAAAGUCAAGAUCUACAGCACGUAAUGGCACCCAUGGCCUUAAGCAAAAGCCUGACUGGAGUGAUGUCACUUGGAGUGGUAGUGAAUGUUCAGCUACCACAGAAGAUAUAAUAUCCAGUGUAAAUACUUCACUUGAUCUAUCUUUGAGUAAGCAGCCUGGAUCCCCAGCUGCUGUGGUGGACAAUAUGUGGGAAGAUUUCAGCAUUGACUCCUAUGCAACACGUUCUCGCAGUAUGUCUAAAGCAUCAUCCCGUAGCAGCUCAACUCAACAGAGCAAGGCAAAGGAAUGGUCACCUAAGAUUACCAUACCAAAACCUUUUACCAUGUCUGUGAGGGAAUCCAGUGAAGAACGAAAGAAGACUAGAGCCUCCAUGGAGCUUGAACAAGCACGGCUUGAUCGAGAGAAGCAAGAGGAAAUAGAGUGCCAAAAAAAGUUCAAAGCAAAACCAGUUCCAGCUCAUACUUUCCUACCACUCUAUGAUGAGAUCAAGGAUCAACAAAUUGAAAAGUCAAAAAAGAAUCGGGAACAGAGCUACAAAAAGCUUACAAGCACUCAAAAACCGUUCAACCUGACCGAGACCAAAAAGCACCAAAGAUCAGCCAGUGUUCCUCUGUCAUUGAAGCGGUCAAAGACACCCUCGUUCAAGGCCAAACCAGUUCCAAGAUCUGUCUUUGAUCCAACAAUUGAUGAUCAAAUUCUGGAGGAAGAAGAAUACAGGAAGAUCAGGAUCAAGAUGAGAGCUGAGGAGAUGUUAAGGCAAUCUUCGCUCCCUCCCAACAUGCAGAUCAGAGGCAAGGAGUAUACUGAUGGCAAGAUGAGAAUGAAGAUGCAGAAAAACAGGGAGAAACAGGCCUUCCUCACAACAGAACACAAAUUUAGGCCCCAGGUAAAUGGAGAGAUCCCAGACUAUGAUGAACUACACCGGAAGUUUGAGGAGGAGGUUCAGAGGAAGAAGAGAGAAAAGGAUCCGACUGUCUUUGAGCCCUUUAAUCUCAGGACAGCAAGAAUUCCAUCUCGUAAAUCUAGGGCUCUGCUCGAAAUGGAGGAGGAAGAGGAGAGACAGAAAGAGGCUCUUCGAGGUUCUUUGUCCAAGUCUGCUUCUCUUCGAAGAUCCAUUGACAUGGGUGAUACUCUCCCAUCAAAGACGACCAAUGCUUCUGAGCUUCGGAAGAGUGCAUUGAGCAAGACACAGAUGGAGAGGGCAGAGAGGGAGAGAAAAGAGGUGGAGCAGGAGAGACAGAGGAGAUACAAGGAGAAGAAACUACAGCGAUUCAUCACCAGCAAAGCUAGAGCCAAUGACACAUCACAGAGCCUGGAGUCAACCAACAGGGAGAAACUCAGACAGCACAGAGAAUCUGAGAGAACCCGUGAAGAAGAAUAUGAAAGGGAGCUACAGGAAAUGAUGACCAGGAUUGAAUCCCGUCCUCUUCUCUUUGAAAGAGAGAGUGAGUUGAAUGCCAAGAAACGUGCAGAACGAAAAUAUGAGAGUGCCCUGAAGAGUGCAGGAAUCAGUGAGGAUUUCCUGGAACGUAAAGGACGCUCAGGAGCCACCCAGAUAUUGAGUGGUGGAGGAAGAGAUGAGGAGAGCAAGAGUGAGGCAAGCUUCAACUAUGAUUACGAUGACUAUGAUGACUCUCCAGCAAGUGAUGAUGAUUAUUAAAGUAGAAAAUAUAUCAGUAAUUCCCUUUUUUGUCCUUCUCCCUGACUAUUGUAUGGACCACCUUAUUUUGGCUAUCAUCCACUCUGUAAUUAUGUCUUGAUACUUCAAAACAUUAAGCAAAUAUUUACAAAAGUAUAUCUUUAAAUAAUUAUGCAGUCAGUUGUAAUGUCAUUUACCAAUUGAAGAGUUUGUAAUGGGCAUCACACAGGCAUUUACUACUCUCAAUAUGCAUAUUUAUACAGUUUAUAACUAAAGUAGUAUGUGAACAUUUUAUAGUCCUGAUUUAUGUUUCCUGAGAUGUGACAAAUUAAAGCUUACACCUAACACUAUUAACAAAGGCUCUACUGGUAAUUCAACAAGUCCACCUGUCAUUCUUGAGUUACAUAAACGCAAAAAUAUCAAUAAACAGGGGUAUGAAUAAUUUAGUUGUUAAACCUAAAUUAAACUACUCUGUGUGUGUGUUACAUCAUGUAAUCUUCAAAUCCAUUACUUGUGUCACAACAUUCCCUUUUGACAAGUACGGUAUGCUUCUUUGGGUUUUCUAUCACAAGUUGGGUUGAAGUUGCCAAAUAUAUGUUUAUUUGUGAGAAUGUGAUGUUUCAUUGUCGUGAAUACUCGGUAUAUAUUUCAUUAGUUUUUAUUAAUAUGUAGGAUAAUUUCACUUUUGCAUAAUUCAUGUGUUGUGGAGUAUUUGUGCUUGUAUAUUGCCUAUGACAUACAAUAUUGUUAGUACGAUUGAUGAAUACGUCAUUAUUAUGUUGCAUAUUUAUGUAGUGCUAAUAAGCGUGUAGAAGAAAAAUGAAACACAGAAAAUAAUAGAUGGUUGUUUUUUUGCUUAAAUAUUAUUGUAAGUAUUAAUAACUUUGUUAUCUUGAAAUGAAUGUGCAAAGUAUAUGGGAUUAAGUGAUUUGUGUUGGUGUAUAAAAUGUUUUUGAUUUUAGUAUUUGUUUAUAGAGGAACUAGUGAUCAUCUAGGCCUAUUACAUUUACUUUAAGAUUCUGUGUGGUAAAUAAAUCAGUAUAUUUCUUCAUCAUAUAUUUAUUUGAAAGCGCUGAGUGAAUGCAUGGUUUUGACAAUUUUUGUUAAUCUCAUUGCUGGUAAUUUGUUGGCCAUCAGGCAUAUGAUUCAUGGGCUACUGUUGCAAAUAGUGAACAUUAAUACAGAUUAUAUUUAACUGUGUGAACAGUUGGAUCCAUAUACUCAUUGUUAUGGAGGAGUUGAGAAAGUGCAUGGAAAUUAAAUAACAUAUCAGGUAAAUUUAAAACAGUUUCAUGUGAUAUGAUUUAUGGAAAUUAAGUCAAUCUCUUAAACCGGAUUUUGUCUUUAUUUUGUGUUGUCAGUAAGAUUGCUGAUUAAAAAUCUGUCUACAUUUAUGAUGUUGUAUAAAACUGAAAUAUCACUUUGAUGGUUAAAAAUUACUGGGUUUUCAAAAUAUUUCAUCAAUAAUGUUGGUGUGUAAAUAAAUAUAUAAUUUAAUCUAUAUUCCUGGUUGUUUUGACAUUAUGCAGAUGAAUGUCAUUUCAAAUUCCUACAUUCCUGAACUUUUUCUUGUACUGUACAUGAAAAUUUGUGGAACCAAAUUGAAAUUUGUAAAUUUUUCCACUAAGAAUGUUUUAAUUGUAUAAUUUCUGUCUCCUAUGUCUCCUCUGAUGUAAUAAAUCUAGCAAUACAUCCAUUAAACAACUAUA